AUGUAUUUGUCUCAAGGGGAGCUUUCUCAACGCACUGUCUCAGGAUCAUUAUUGAAGUAUCUUUCGAAGCUACAGGUUGAUGAAGAACCAGCAAUCAUAACAAAUACCACCAUAUUGCUUGGAAAUAUUGCCAGCUACAUUAACGAAGUGGUUGGUAACAGCUAG